AUGAAAAUCAAACAGAAUAGAUUCUUCUUUUUAUUCCUUUUUGCUUUCUCCAUUAUAAAAAUUAAGGGAGCUGAAUUCAAUGAAGAAAGUGAUUCUAAAGAAAUAAUAAGUCAAGUUCAGGCAGAAGGUUUAAGUGAAGAAAGUUUAAAUUUACUAAGUUCAAUUACCAAUUUACAUGAAAAAAAUUUUGCAGCCGAAUUGAUUGCGAAGUUACUACUUUCUUAUUCAAUUAUCAUGCUUAAAUUUGUAUAUUUUUUUAAUGAUAAUGUUCUCUAUGAACAACACUUAAGAUUGAGAGAUAUAAUUUUCCACACCAACGUACAAUCAACUUUUAUUGAGAAAGGAAUGAUGUUAAGCAAUGAAAAGUUAGAAAAAUUAUAUCGUAGCUGCUUCUUUUAUUUAAAACAUGAUCUUAUUAAUCAAUUAAAUAGAGAAUCGAAUGAAAAUCCAUUCGAUUUCUUAAUGAAUGUGAUUAGUAAUCAUAGUGAUAUAUUAAAACAAAUCCUGGAAUCUCAAAAGGUUCUUGAACAUUUAAUUUCUCACAAUUUAGAUUCAACAGUUAAAUCAGUAGUUUCAACAAUAACUCUUACUGUUUCAGAAAUCAUAAGUUUGCUAGAAGAAUCUAUAAAUAUUUACAAAGGUAUGAAUAAAAAAGAUUUUAGGAAACUCUUUGAAUCAAAAAAAGCAUCUUUUAAUAAAGCUAAUAUUAAUUUUGUAGUCACUAAUCAGAAACUAGAAACUCUUGGAAGAAUGAGAUAUGUAGUUAGGAAUAAAAAUCAAUCACCUAGUACAUAUAAUGAAUAUUCUGAAAACAAUGGAUGUACUGAAGAGGAAAUAUUAGAGUUGGAAUUGCUUAUAUCAACAUCUAUGAAAUUAUUAGGACUAAUAUCAACUAAUAUUUUUUAUUUUGAUAGAGCAAAAUUAACAAAACAUUUACAAAUAAUUGAGAAAUGCGCAUUUGAUAUUGCUCAAAUGACUACAGAUAGGGCUACUGAAAUGAAUGUUGAAAAUUCGGUUAUUCUCAAGACAAGGAAAGCUGUAAUGGAAAAACUGGAAUAUGAAAAAUUAACGAAACUUGAUAUUUUGUCUUUCAAGUUUACAAAUAAAUUGUGCAAACCAGAAGUAAUGAAUAAUUUGAAAGGUCUUUAUCAUUAUUUACUGAGGAUGAUGGUGAUAUUAAAAAAUUUAUUAGAGUCAAAUAAAUGUGGGGAUUAUAUUAAACGAUUAUUGGUCCCAGUUAUUAGUAUUUUUGAAAGCUCAGGAAAAGAGUGUGCAGUUGCCAUAAAAACCUAUGAAAAAAAAGAAGAUUUAUCCGUUAUACCUUUUGAAUUAAUUCGAACUCAAAGAGAAGAGAAAAUGUCUCAAUAUAAAAAAAUAGUGAAUAAACUGGUAGAAAAAGGUAAAGAGAAAAUAAAGACAGAAAAAGAAAGACUCGAAAAGUUAGAGUCUGAGAAAAAAGCAAGAUUAGAAAUGGAGUUAUUGGAGCGUAAAAAAAAACAGGAAAAACUCAAAGAAAAAAACAAAUCGAAACAAAGAAAAUAUCCUGAAGCUGAAGAUAAUGAAUCGCAUUCGCAAGAAAGGAGACACGAUAUUGAUAAAACAACUGAAACAUGCCAAACAAAAAAAUCUGUCAGAAGUAAAGCUGAAAGAAGAAGGAAGUUAGCGGAGAGCAUUACCAAGUUCGAAGAGGAAUCUUUGAAAAAAGAAGAAAUCAGAAGAACGGUUAUUGAUCAAAAAUCCGAUAAAAAUUCAAAAAAAAAAGCGAAAAAAGAAAAAAACAAUUUUAGAGAACCAUUAAAGGAAGAAGGGGCUAGUAAAGUAAGAAAUCAAAAUAUGAACUAUAGUGAAUCAGGAAACAAUAUUAGUCAAGACUUCUCUGAUGAAUCAAGUAGUGAUGUAGAACUUUGUUCAUCUAUUGCCACAAGAAAGAAAAAAGAGACAAAAGAAGCUGAUAUAAAUAAAUACUUAUUUCCUGUCCUAAAAAUUGUAGAAGAGUCUAUUAAUGAAAGUAAAACAUCGCAGCAUUUAAAACAAGAUAAAAACGUCGAAGGUGAUUGUUCUAAUUACUCACCUAGUAAAGGUACUGUUGGAAAAAGACUUGCAAACGAAGAAUAUAGAACUACCCCAUUGGUUCAAAGUACUGUUGAAUUAUUUGAUCAAGAUUCUAUUUUUGAAACAAGAACCCAUCAAAAGGGAACUGAGGGUAAAGGUUUGGGAAGAUCAUGUUUAGGUGAUACUUCUAUAGCAUCCAAACCUGCUUCAAAGUGCACUAAAGAUCCAUCUAGCAACCAACAAAGUAAAAAAAACAAUGAAACCGAAAAUCGAAAAUCAAGGUCUAAAACAAAAAAAAGAACAGAAAAUAUAAAAAGAGCUGUAUCUGAAUCUAAUCCAAGAAAUACACAACAUUCAAAAUUCAAAACUAGAUCAAAUUCUCUUCCAACACCAAGAACUAGAUCCAGAUACAGGUCUAGGUCUAGGUCUAGGUCCAGGUCUAGAUCUAGACUAAAAAUAAAUCAAUCAAGAUCGAACACAAAAUUGCAUGAGAAACCUAAAGUCUAUUUUCAUGAAGAAUUAAAUAAAAAAAUGAUUUCAGAUUUAUUAUCAAAGUUUAUGUUUUUAGAAAAAAAAAUACCUCAAACAGUAGAAGAUUGUCCCAGGCAUAAAUCGAAGUUCAUUCCUAUGUUUUUGGAGGAAAAAGUAACUCAAUCAACACCUGGAAUUGAUAUUUUUGGCUUUUUUGGCAUUACUAACCUAGAUUUCUCACAUAUUUCAGAAGAAUCCACUUUGGAAGAAAUCGAAUGUUCUAUAGAAUUAUGUAGUGAAGAAAUCCUUCGUAUUCACACUCAUAUUUUGCCACUAUUGACUGGUCAAGAUUUACUUCAAAUCAAAACUUUUGAAAAGGAAUUGAUCAGUAAAUUUGUUAAAUUACUUAUUUUGUUUAAUACAAAAAAGGGUGAGUUACGAUGA